AUGCUGCUGAGCGGAGCGGCGGCCGGCUCGGAGCGCGGCGGCGGGGCCGGGGCCGGGGCCGGGGCUGAGGCCGGGGCGGGCGGCGGAGCUCCGCAGUGCGUGGGCACCAUGGCCCGCUGGCUCCGCGAGCACCUCGGCUUCCGCAGCGCCAAGCCCGCGCCGCCCGCGCCGCCCAAACCCGACUACCGCGCCGGGCCGCCGCAGCCGCCCCCGCCGCCGGGAGGCGCCGCCGAGCCGCUGGCCUCGGCCCAGCCCGACAUCGUGGCCGCGUACCGCCUGCAGAAGGAGCGCGACUUCGAGGACCCGUACAGCGGGGUGCCGCCUCCCGCCGCCCCCGACGGGCCCCGCUACGUCUCGCCCAAGCACCGGCUCAUCAAGGUGGAGGCGGCCGAGAAGCCGCCCGCCUGUCCCGCGCCGUCCCCCGCCGCCCCCGGCUCGCCCCCCGCCGGCCCCGAGCCGCCCGACGAGCCGCCGCAGGAGCUGGCUGUCCUGGAGGACUAUGCAGACCCCUUUGAUGCUGCGCAGGUGGCUGGUAGCCAGGCAGGGAUGGAGAAGGUGACAGAGAACGAUGGAUAUAUGGAACCGUACGAAGCCCAGAAGAUGAUGGCUGAGAUCCGCCAGAAAGGCUUACGGGAGGCUCCAACCCGGCCACUUCACCUCUACGACACUCCUUAUGAGCCCAUCUCUGGAGGGCUGGAUGUGGACACUGACCGCCCUGCCUGCCCCAGGCCUAGGGAAUCUCGAUUGCCUGAGGAUGAUGAGCGGCCGCCGGAGGAGUACGACCAGCCCUGGGAGUGGAAGAAGGAGAGGAUCUCCAAAGCUUUUGCAGUUGAAAUCAAGGUCAUUAAAGACCUGCCGUGGCCGCCACCGGUGGGACAGCUCGACAGCGGUGAAACCCCCCCGGACAGUGAGGCCAAUGCCUCCGUCCCCCCGCAGCACGGCUCGCAGAGCUACGAAGAUGCCAACGGGCCAUCAGAGGGGCUGGGCUAUGGCCGCACCUCACCCUGCAGAGAGGAGAAGGCUAGGGCUGCCCUCAGACAUGGUACCAGCAGCCUCAAGAGCACCAAGGCAUUGAGCACGGAGCCUGGUCCCUUCCUUGGGGAGAGGAUUGACCCCGCGCUGCCCCUGGAGAGCCAGUGCUGGUAUCAUGGGGCCAUCAGCCGGACGGACGCAGAGACGCUGCUGAGGCUCUGCAAGGAGGCCAGCUACUUGGUGCGCAACAGCGAGACCAGCAAGAACGACUUCUCCCUCUCCUUGAAGAGCAGCCAGGGCUUCAUGCACAUGAAACUAUCCCGGACCCAGGAGAACAAGUACGUGCUGGGUCAGCACAGCCCGCCCUUUGACAGCGUGCCAGAGAUCAUUCAUCACUACGCCAGCCGCAAGCUGCCCAUCAAGGGGGCUGAGCACAUGUCCUUGCUUUACCCGGUGGCUAUCCGCACUCUAUAGCUGUCACCACGCACGAGCCGAGCUCGAAGCUGUGUGGACCUGAAGGUGGCCUGUCUGCAGGGCCGAAAGCUGCUGUAGUGGAUGGGCACCAGAGCAGCGAGCUGGGCACAGAUGGUGUUACUGGGGACUUUGGCAGCUAGACCCCUCGUCAUGCUCUCACCUGGGGUUCCUGUGUGUCAGUGUGCCUGCUGGGAUGGUGGCAGGGAGAAGGAGCUGAGUGGGAGCAUCCAUGUGCUGCCCUCCCCCUCUUGGGAAGCAAGGACUGGAACUGGGGCCCCGGAGAGGACAUGAAGGGAGCAAGGUGCAGUAAAGGGGGGAAGAAGUAUCCUGGGAUGUCUCCUGAGGGCACCUGGCUCUGCCCACGUCCUGAGUGACAGAGAGGAUGCCCUGUGCCUGCUGGUGAGGAGGCUGGUGCUGUCACAGUGAGGCACAGAGGGGGAGGCUGCUGGGGCUCCCACCCGUGUGGGUGCUUGGUGCUCCUUGCCUUCAUUUGCCAAAUGUACAUAGUAACUGGUCAGAGCCGCGCAUGCAGCACCACUGCCUAAUAAAGCGAUGGAUGCACGGUCACCUGCUCUGCAGGGACUCUGUACCCUCAACCCAAAA